AUGGCUUUCGAAUGGAAAGCGGCUGGCCUCACCUACAACCGAUACCUCGCCAUCGCCGCUCGAGUCGUCCGCAGAUCGCUGAAAGAAGGCCCCAGACUACAAGCUGAGAGGAGAGGCGAUAUGGACUUGAGAUUCGCGAAGUGGCAGAAUGGCAAACAGGGAGAAAACAACAGCCUGGGUGCUGCGAAUGCUGACGCUAUGGCCGAACACGCUGCCGGGGAAGCAAAAUAG